UGUUUACAUUUUUCUAGAGAGAGACAGAGCGCCGACUCCCGUCUUUUGUUUCGAACAAUCGUCACAGUAUUGGACACUAAUAGUUACCGGCUCGAAAAAGAGCAUUUCUUCACACACUUGCGUGCGUUAGUCAGUCCGUACCGGUCGCGCGCGCGAGUCGCUUGCGGUAUAUACUGUGUCUCCGCGAGAUGCAGAGCAAGCGACGAUUAGAGGUAUAGGCGAAACACCGUCUACGCCGAGUUGGAUUUUCUCUAUGUGAUAUGGGUUAAUCAACGGCGAGGAUCUAUCUGCAGGGUCAACCGUUUUUCCGACGUCUACUUCACUUGUAAAACAGCUCGUGGUUGUCUUCACUGGAUCUUCAUAUCGCGAUAAGAUAUGGAUCUCCAAAAUGCAGCCAACUACCAGUCUUACAAAUGCAGGAGCUUACUGGCUUGUGACUCCGGAGGAAUGGUUUUUGAUAGAUCCAAGAGUUUUGAUAGCAGAAGCUGCGACGAGAAGUACGCGCAGAAUGCAAGUGCUAGUCGAAGUGAGACUGGUCUGUCAGAGAAGAUUAUAUAUAUAAUUGAUGCUAACAGUCAAUCAAUGAUCAAUAGCAGAUCGCUGGUUGAUCUGACUACUCAUUUGGAUGAUGAUGAAUUCAAUGACUAUGAGAUAAAGUCAAGCAACAGCAGCUUAUGUAAAAAUGAAGCUGUCCAGUAUAUUCAGAAUGCGAACGAGAUUAAUCAUUUGAAGACAGAAAAUGAGAAUUUUGAAUACUCAAGUGUUCAAAAUGAUAUAGAUGAAACUGUAUCCAAUUUAGUUGAUGAAAUAUUAGAGCAUGAAGAUACUUUCACAAUUCAGCAUUCUCAGUCAUCUCGAAAUUCUAAUGAGGCAAAUAAUUUGAAUUAUUAUGGAAGUGGCUCUGAUAGCAUUAGGAUUGAUAAUUUAUCAGCAGAAGGCCGCAAUGUUCAAUUUUUGUCUACUUCAUCUCUGAGUGAAACUGCAUCUUUGGUUUCAGAUACUGUAAGCACUCGAGCUACUCUUGAAUAUGAGUUUGAUCCUUACAAGACUGAAGAAAUCGAAUCUUAUAAAAAACAUAUGAAUAAGAGAAAACAAACAUAUAAUGUUAAAGAAGAUGGAUUCAGUGAACUUUUGGAUGACAGUAAGAAUGCUCAACAAGAUUUCGUUCCUAUUAAUAAGAGUAAGAGAAAGAAAUUAGCUUAUAAUAAAGAAAACCAAAGAGAGAGGCUACAAAGUCAAAAAAGAAACCCUUUUGCCAAUGUGAAAAUGAGCAGCAUCUUAAAAAGAAAAAAAACAACAAAAAAGACUAAAAGUUCUUCCAAAGAUCAGGCUGUAGAACCAAUGACACCUAAUUAUGAUGAAAACUUUGCAUCUAUUAGUAGCUGCUCUUAUGGGGAUGAAGUUAUGAUCCAUAGAAAAAGUUCUUGCCAAUACAAUGACUUUUCUUCUUCAAAUUCCAAAGAUGACGAUUUAUCCAAUGCGGAUUAUUUAGAUUACGUGCAACCAAGAGAACAGAUAGUUGAGUCUGACAUGGACAAGCUCUUAAGUCCAACUAUAGAGAAUGAUCCAUCUGAAAGAAUUAAAACUCAACAGUCCAUAAAUGAAAGCAAGAGGCUAGUAGACUGUAAUGGCAAUGAAGUGGACUUUCAAGAUAUCCAAAAAAUAAGUACCUUAAAAUCAGUAUUAUCGCCAAGUCAAAUUGCAGAAAGAGAACUUUUUUUAUACUCUGCACAUGCAAAAAAGCUUGGCAUGGAAAAUCUAUUUAAUACAUCGAAUGAUGCAGUUAUCAAUGAAAUUAUUUUUAAUACAAAUGUUGUCUGUGAACAAAUUAAUUUAGAGUUGAACUUGAUGAGGGGCAUAGAAGGAACACAUUUACAACAAACUCUAGAGAAGAAUUCUUUUUUCCAAGCUGUUUCCUGUACCUUGGUUGAAAGUUUAAACGAAUUGCAUCGUUUUGGAGGCUUUAUAGACGAAAAUUCUCAAGAAACAAAAUCCAGUAGAGAAGUUACUUCAAGCGCUGUGCCAAUCAAUAAUGAAUUUGUUAAUAUUUCUGGCACAAAUAAUUUCCAGAAAUACGAGACCCAUAUUAGUUCAAGUCAGUUGAAUGAGAAAGAGAAAAAACAACCGAAAUCAAAUCUUUGUUUUAAUUUCUCUAAUAAGUCAAACUUACUUGGUAUAGAUUUUCAAUCAAGGUGUGAUACACUAGAGCACAUACAAAACGUAAAUCAUGAUGUAAAACGAUCACCUGCUCCAUUGAUCAUCAAGAUGAAAAGAAUUAAUCAAGGAAAUAACGAAUAUGUAAUUGACGAUUCUAGUCGGCAAACGAUGAAAGCCUCGCAAAAGAAAACAGCGGCUACUGUAAAUAACAUUGAAAGGUACGAAUGCCAUGAUUGUUCUGAGAAGUUUAGAACCAAGCGAAUUUUAAAAAAUCAUGUUUCGGAAUAUCAUAAAGGCCCGUAUGAUGUGGAGUGUGAGAUUUGCUUUAUGAAAUUCAAAAAAAGUUCAGCGCAUAAAAAGCAUCUUCCAUGGUGUCCUAAAAGUAUUGUACACAAAUGUAAUAUUUGUGAUAGAAUAUACUGUUACCGAGCUUCGCUUGAGAAACAUUUGAAAACUCAUCAGCGUUAAUCUAAAGGUGCCAGAGAGUCAUAGAGAUAGCAAUAGGGCUAAAUUAUUAAUGUUGAACGUGUUAUCUUUUUUUUUACAACCAUAAGAUGUGUUAUAUAGAUUAAGAUAUUUUUGAGAGAUGUGCACUUGAUGAAUCAGCAAUUAAUGAGAAUACUCAAGUACAUAGAAGAUAUUUUUUUAAGAGAUCUUAGUCUCUUUAAUAAAAGAAGAGCGUCGUCAAAGAAGUAGGCUAUUUGUUUUUUAUACCUAAGCAAUAUAUUGUUAAUUUAUAUUUUUAUUAUUUUAUUAUAUUCGUGUCAAUGAGUAACUUAUAGUAUCUCUACCAAUAUAAUAAUUUUUGCAACUAUAA